UUCCAGUCUGCCAUUGGGCCGCGUGAGGAAGAAUUGUGUUCCGUGAGGGGAUCCGUAGAGUCCGUCCUAGGAGUCAGUGCAGCGGCUACGGACACUGUGGGCAGCAUGGAGGUCAACCAGCCUAAACAGGAGCACUUACUGGCCCUUAAAGUGAUGCGUCUUACGAAGCCAACCUUAUUCACAAAUAUUCCAGUAACAUGUGAAGAACGGGACCUUCCAGGUGAUCUUUUUAAUAAUCUCAUGAAAGAAGACCCUUCCACUGUGAAAGGAGCUGAAAUAUUAAUGCUGGGGGAGAUGCUGACGUUACCACAGAACUUUGGAAAUAUUUUUCUGGGUGAAACAUUUUCGAGCUACAUAAGUGUACACAAUGACAGCACUCAUACAGUUAAGGACAUACAAGUCAAGGCAGAUCUCCAGACAAGCUCACAGAGGUUAAACCUGUCGGCGUCCAGUGCCGUGGUCUCCGAGCUCCGACCAGACAGUUGUAUAGAUGACGUCAUUCAUCAUGAAGUGAAAGAAAUCGGUACGCACAUAUUAGUGUGUGCCGUAAGCUAUACCACACAGACUGGGGAGAAGAUGUACUUCCGGAAAUUCUUCAAGUUCCAGGUUCUUAAACCUCUUGAUGUCAAGACAAAAUUUUAUAACGCAGAGAGUGACCUCAGUUCUGUGACAGAUGAAGUGUUUCUGGAAGCCCAGAUACAGAAUAUCACCACGUCCCCCAUGUUCAUGGAGAAGGUGUCCCUGGAGCCAUCGAUCAUGUACAAUGUGUCCGAGUUGAACAGCGUGGGCAAGGAUGGUGAGGGGUUGUCCACAUUUGGGUCAAAGACUUAUUUGCAGCCUCUGGACACACGGCAGUACUUGUAUUGCCUGAAGCCCAAACCUGAGUUUGCCGAAAAAGCCGGUGUCAUCAAAGGGGUCACGGUGAUCGGAAAGUUGGACAUCGUAUGGAAAACCAACCUGGGGGAGAGAGGAAGACUUCAGACCAGCCAGCUACAAAGAAUGGCUCCGGGAUAUGGUGAUGUGAGACUUUCACUGGAGACCAUACCAGAUACUGUCAGUCUGGAGGAACCAUUUGAUAUCACGUGUAAAAUCACUAACUGCAGCAGUGAAAGGACUAUGGACCUGAUUCUUGAAAUGUGCAAUACAAAUUCCAUCCACUGGUGCGGAGUAUCAGGAAGACAGCUGGGAAAACUCCACCCCAGCUCAUCUCUGCUUCUAACCCUGACGCUGCUCUCAUCAGUGCAAGGACUGCAGAGUGUUUCCGGCCUGCGGCUAACAGACACAUUUCUGAAGAGGACCUAUGAGUACGAUGAUAUCGCGCAGGUCUGUGUCGUGUCUUCAACCAUCCAAGUUGAAAGUUGAUUCAGAGAGAUUAUUUUUUGGGAUUCUUGGAACUUUUUAGACCAAUGUCUCCAGCUUCACAAAGUGACUGCUCACACAGUUAAAGCACGUUGCAUCCUUCCAAGUGACAUCAAGCACAUUUUAUUGGUUUGCAUUUUUCACAGUCAGUGCAAUUUUUAUUUUUAAAAUGAAAUAUUGUGUUUUAGUACACUGUAUUUUAUCUGAUGUUCCAGAGAAUCAAGUGUACAUAUGCAUUUAUUUAUUUUAUACAACUGGAAGCCCUAUAGCUAGAAAAUAAAAAUGACCUCUAGAUUCAGUAAUGUUAAUCCAUUUUCCGGCACCAGGUACAUCAGACUGGAGUCUCGGGGGGGCAGUUUGCGUUUUUUUUAAUGCUGUAUAGUUACAUUUAUUGUCAACUAAACUAAGUUUCUAAAAGAGGGUUAAUAAAUUACAAAAAGGAUUUGCUUUUUUUGACAAGAAAUGGGGCCAUGCAUCGCCAUAGGCUGUGUCUGAUAUUGAGGCACUGCCUCUUUUAAAGGGGGUUUUCCAUCUUCGAUAAAAGGGUUUGCUUUUGUCUGUCCACAGUCUGUCUGGUAUUGCAUCUCCUCCCCAUUCACUUAAAUACGGUGGUGAAACUGCAAUAGCAGACACGGCCUAUAGACAGAUGAGCUAUUUCUGGGAACAUAAGCAGACACUUUCUUCUUUUACAUGAGGAUGAGCUGCAAUACCAGACGCACCCCAUAUAGGUGCAUGGCCCUAU